CCCUCCACCAUGGUGGCUUCCAAUGAAACCAACCUCCAUCACUCUACCUUCAUCCUCAUCGGUAUCCCAGGGCUGGAGGCUGCACAUGUCUGGAUCUCCAUCCCCUUCUGCACCAUCUAUCUCCUCGCCCUGGUCGGGAACUGUCUCCUCCUGGCUGUUAUCAAGACCGAGAUGAGUCUCCACCAGCCCAUGUACCUGUUCCUGGCCAUGCUGUCGAUCGCUGAUCUGGUUGUCUCCACCACCACCCUGCCCAAAAUCCUCACCAUCUUCUGGUUCAGUAACAAGGACAUUAACAUCAAUGCUUGUCUGGCUCAGCUAUUUCUCAUCCAUUCCAUUUCCACCAUGGAGUCUGGGUUCAUACUGGCCCUGGCCUUUGAUCGCUAUGUGGCCAUAUGUAACCCCCUGAGACACGCGGCCAUCCUCACCAAUAGGGUCGUUGCCAAGAUCGGGCUCGGGGUGGUGGUGAGAGGGGCUGUACUGCUGGGCCCGCACCCCUUCCUGCUGAAGUGGCUGCCGUACUGCGGGACCAACAUCAUCGCUCACACCUACUGUGAGUUCAUGGCACUGGCCAAACUGGCCUGUGCGGACACGUCAUCCAGGAGAGCCUACAGCCUGACUGUCGCCUUCCUCACUGGGGGCUUGGACCUCAUCCUAAUUUCCCUGUCCUAUGUGAUGAUCCUCCGCUCCGUCUUCAGCCUCCCCUCCAAGGAGGCACGUCUCAAGUCCCUGGGCACCUGUGGCUCUCAUGUCUGUGUCAUCCUGGUGUUUUACACCCCAGCCUUUUUCUCCUUCCUCACCCACCGCUUUGGCCAUGUAGCUCCCCAGGUUCACAUCCUCGUGGCCAACCUGUAUCUGCUCUUCCCUCCUAUGAUGAACCCCGUCAUCUAUGGGGUCAGGACCAAGGGAAUAUGGCAAAAAGUGCUCAUCAUUUGUGACAGCAAAUCCACCUGA